UAUGAUAGACUGGCUUGCAUAGUUUCUAUGGAAAAGGAGAACUCUAACAUGUAGAGCGGAUUCCAACCAAUCUCCAUGAAGAAAGCAACUUGUACAUUUCUUUGAGGCCAUGAUUUGAACUCCAAAAUGGGACAUCAUAUGACUUUGUGGAGUUUCAAGUGGGAUAUGUUAGGUGAAAACUUCUUCUGUCAGUCAACAGAAAACAAUGUCAAAUGAAGCAGCCGUGGUGGACCUUAAACCAAACAUUUCCACCAACUCCCUGAACUUUUAAAAUAAGGCAUCCACAAGGCAGCAAGGAAGCUGCAAAUGGUGGAUUCAGAGUGGGGAGAAAUGGGAAAAGUUGAGGUGAUAUCAAAAUGCUUAGUAGGAGCAGCCAUGGUGGAAGGAGACCCACGAAUUUCCCACAUCGACUUGACGCCGUGGGACCUAAAGUCCCUUCUCGUUGGCUACAUCCAGAAAGGGCUCAUCUUCCACAAACCCAAUAACCCUCCAACGCUGCAGCAAAACAUGUUUGUAAUACCUCACUUGAAAACCUCACUCUCUUCAGCUCUACAUUUCUUCCCACCACUUGCCGGCCGUCUUGCGGUCACAAAGAAUGAUGAUGGAACAACCUCAGUUUCGAUUAACUGCAACAACGAAGGAGCCGAGUUUGUCGUGGCCCGUGCCAGUGACGUGACUGUCGAUCAGCUCCUCGGGCCCACCAACGUGCCUCCCCUCAUCCGUUCAUUCUUCUUGUUUAACCGUGUGUGCAACUAUGAGGGCAUCUCCAAGCCUUUGUUGGGUGUCCAUUUGACCGAGCUCGCCGACGGUUACUUCAUCAGCUGUUCUAUCAAUCACUGCGCAGCGGACGCUUCCUCAUUUUGGCAUUUCUUCAAUUCUUGGUCCGAAAUCUCUCGUGGUUUUCGCAAGUUGUCUCUACCUCCCGUUCUCGACCCGUGGUUCCCGGAGAACGUUGCCCACCCGCUUCGUCUCCCGUUUGAUCUCGAGAAAGAAAUGCUAUCAGAUUCUUUCACCCCACUCCCAUUCGAAGAAAGAGUGUUCCAUCUAAGCAAAGAAAACAUCGGUCUUCUCAAAGCAAAAGCCAACUCCGAAAUGGGAGUAAACUCCAUAUCCUCACUGCAGUCAUAUGUGGCUCACCUGUGGAGGGCAAUCACCCGUUCCCGUUGUGUAAAUGCCACCGAGGAGGUCAGCAUAUACGUUCCGAUAGGCGCAAGAUGGAGGGUGAAUCCCCCUCUUCCGGAAGGGUACUGGGGGAAUGCAAUUUACAGCAGAGUGGUGAGGGUGAAAUCCGGGGAGUUGCUGGGGAGGGGGCUCGGCUGGGCUGCCUGGGAAAUACACCAAGUGGUCGCCGCGCAGAAACAUGAAGAGGUGGUGCAGUUUUACAAUGGGUGGGUGAGAUCUCCGGCGGUGCCGCAGAAGAAGGAACUGUUCUGCGCCAACUUUCUGGGCAUUGCAAGUUCUCCUAGAAACGAUGUGUACGGCGUGGAUUUCGGGUGGGGGGAGCCGGUGGCGGCGAGGUGUGGGAUGGACAAUAAAUCUGAUGGGAAGUUCAGCCUGUUUCCAGGGGUGGAAGGAGAUGGGAGCGUAGACAUCGAGGUAUGCCUUCUUCCUCAGACGCUGCGUGCUUUGGGAAAUGACAGAGAAUUCAUGGAGUUCGUUACCCGGUGAGCUAAAUCUUAUAUAUAUAUAUAUAUAUAUAUAUAUAUAAAAGUUGAAUCAAAAUCAAGCUUUCAAUUUCAAUUUUAGAUCUAACGGCCCAAUUUCAAUUGAAUGUGAUUGAGCAAAUCUAGACCAUUGAUUACCAGCAAUGGUAUUAUUGUAAUAAAUUUAAAAUGGGUGGUUAUUCCUAAUACUCUGUAAAACUAUAGCACCGUUAAGGUACCCCACGUCUCCAAAUCCUCCCUUCCACAUCUGUAAAACUGUAAAAGAUACGUGGUAACUCGAUCAGCAGCACAAGCAGAGACACGAAUUUGGCAUAUCUUCAUCUUAAUCUCUGCUCUCGAAUUGAUCCGAAUCCGGCAAGGUCGAAUCCGGUCAAUGAACGGCAGAUAGGUUUAAGCAUGACUUUUGGGGAUGGGUUAAUGCGUUGGCGACUUGGGCCGCUGGACGGAUCUAGAUGACGGUGAUUGAAGCCCUUAUCCUCACUUCAGAUCUUCAUCAAAGCUCCCAUCUUUGAAAUCUCUGCUCAGCUCUGCCUUUAUCUGUAAGCUUCUCCAUAACUUGCAUUUUUGUGUACUGGUUUCUUGUACUUUUCUUGAAUUUGUAUGCGCGAAUCUGUGUGUGUAAAACUGGGAAAAAUGAUUACCAUCAAUGAAUGAGGUUGAGGUUU